AAAGCUCCACUCGGUCAGGGAGAGAACAAAGCAGUCCGACAGGGCUGUGAAAAAAAAACAUCUUGGAGUGUUGUGAGCCCUUUGGCUGCUUUUUCCCCGCGCCACUCUCCACCCUGGUUCUGGUUUUAUAAGGGAAGAGGUAUCAGAUCUCUGAGUCACUGUUUACCACCACAAAGCCAGAAUGUGAAAGGAAGGGCUCCAUGAGAAGACUGCAUUAUAAACCAGAUUCCAGAACAACCAGGAGGUACACCGGCCUCUCGCUUUCCUGUUUCUAAAGACAGCAAAGGAACGAAAGAGCGUUUCUAAAGCCAGAGAGAGUAAGCAGGCUCUCUGCGCUGCCCUCUAAAGUGGUGGAGAAUGCUAGACGGGUCUGACUUGGUCGUUUUCUCUCUCAUUCGGAUGGAAAGGAGGGCAGCACGCCAGGUUCAUGCUGAUGCGCUAGAAUUUAGCUGGGUGUUCCUUUUUCUUGUCCAUGUGGGUGCUGAGCAGAGCAUUCAGAAGGCCGGCUAAUCUGCCCACCAGGGCUGAAAGAGGCCGACGUGGGAGCCAGGAAUAAUGAAACACCUGACAUCACCGUUCCAGAGAGUUCAGCCCUGGGCACAGCCUGGCACCACAGAGCCUAUAAAGGCUCGCCUCCCACGGCGUGGCUGGGCUGGACACACACAGCUGCCCACAGUCUCCUUUGGGAAUCAACCCAGAUGGAUUUCACCAUUCACCCCCCUUUCUUCCGCAGGCCUUUUUUAUCCUCCUUUCAGCCCAGCCGAAUUUUCCACCAGACGUUCGGGGAACACCUGGGGGAAUCCGAAGUGCUCCCUGGCUCAUCUUUCAGCUCUUUCUUUUGGAGACCCUUCAUCGUAAGAAACCCUGGCUGGCUAGAGAGCAGAUUCUCAGAGAUGCGACUGGAUAAGUUCUGUGUGAACCUGGAUGUGAAGCAUUUCUCUCCCGAGGAGCUCAAAGUCAAAGUUCUAGGAGACAUGAUUGAAGUCCAUGGGAAGCACGAGGAGCGCCAGGAUGAACACGGUUACAUCGCGAGGGAGUUCAACAGGAAGUACCGGAUCCCGGCUGACGUGGACCCUCUCUCCAUUACCUCCUCCCUCUCGUCCGAUGGUGUCCUGACAGUAAACGGACCACGGAAACCCACAGAAGUUCCGGAGCGCACCAUCCCCAUUACAAGGGAAGAGAAAGCCGCCCUCCCGGCAGGGCCGAAGAAGUAGGUGCUUCUUUGAGAACCUGACACUCCCAUCUUUUAUAUCCACAAAAGCCUUUUCACCGGAUAGAAGCAGUAGACCAAGUCUCUGACUAGCUGUUCAAAUUUAUUUGAGCUAAGAAGAGCAAAUGAGCUCAUUUACUAACAAAUAAAACCACAAGUAAGCAUCGAGUGGCUUCUUCCCUCAAUCUUUGGGGCAGGCUCUACUUGAGACAACCCUGGGGCAUGUCAACUGGAGAUAUUUGUAAACAGAUAAACACUGAGCACACGCAGCGUUUUAUUACAGCUUAGCAGCUACAACUGUGGCUGCACAGCUCAACAAAUUUAACAGCUAACAAGUCAAAGCACUAGCUGUCCCUUCAUACCAGGAAAUAUGGCAGUAACAUGAACUAAAACAAAACCUUGAAAAUGUUGUUGUUGUUUUUUAAACUUCCACUCCCAGAAUCCUCCAGCCAGACAUGCUGGUUGAGGGAUUCAAAAAGUGGCAC